AUGGGUCAGGACAUAAGUGAGUUGAAAAGCUUUAGGGAUGAUGUGAGAUCUACCUUAAGGAACCAUGGUGAAAAACUCAAGAGGAUAGAGUCUCGAGUAGGAGAGCUAUCUCAACAGGCCCCCAAGUCAACUGCAGUGUUCCCUAGUGACACAGAAAAGAAUCCUAAAGGGGAACAAAAGGGAGUGAGAUGGGAGGAAUGCAAGUCCAUCACCAUAUUGAAGGAAGUCUCAGAAGAAGAAGGAAUCAGACCCUCAGAACAGGAGCCAGAAAUCUUGAAGGAAGGUGUGGAAGAAGCUAAGCAGGAAAGUGAAACUGAGCAAGUCAAGGAACUGCAAAAUAAAGGCAUGCUGGAAACAUACCAACCAAAAGCACCAUUUCCUCAGAGGUUAGGAGGAGGUGAAAAAGGGAAAACAUAUUCAAGGUUUUUAGAGACAUUUAAGUCUCUCGAUAUCAAUAUUCCCUUUCUUGAGAUUCUCCAGCAGAUGCCUACACAUAUCAAGUAUUUGAAGGAAUUGCUGAGCAAGAAAAGAGUUUUGAAGGGAGGACAAACUGUAAUAAUGAACAAAGAAUGCAGUGCCCUCAUCAAGAAGGACAUAGUCUCUAAGAAAACAGACCCAGGAAGUUUCCAUAUCCCUUGCAUCAUAGGGGAAACAAAAAUUGACAGAGGACUCUGUGAUCUAGGAGCUAGCAUAAAUGUGAUGCCUCUGACUCUUAUGAAGAGACUACAACUAAAUGAGGUGAGAUCCACUGAUGUAAUCAUACAACUGGCCGACAAAACUCAAAAGCAAGCUGUAGGGGUAGUUGAGAAUGUGCUGGUGAAAGCAAGCUGA